ACCACAACUACCACUACCACCUCCACUACCACCUCCACUACCACUACCACUACCACCUCUACUACCACCACCACUACCACUACCACCUCCACUACCACCUCACCACCUACCACUACCACCUCCACUACCACUACCACUACCACUACCACUACCACCUCCACUACCACCUCCACUACCACCUCCACUACCACCUCCACUACCACCUCCACUACCAUCUCCACUACCACUACCACCUCCACUACCACCUCCACUACCACUACCACUACCACCUCCACUACCACCUCCACUACCACCUCCACUACCACUACCACCACCACUACCACCUCUACUACCACUACCACCUCCACUACCACCUCCACUACCACUACCACUACCACCUCCACUACCACCUCCACUACCACCUCCACUACCACUACCACCUCCACUACCACCUCCACUACCACUACCAUCUCCACUACCACUACCACCUCCACUACCACCUCUACUACCACCUCCACUACCACCUCCACUACCACCUCUACUACCAUCUCCACUACCACUACCACCUCCACUACCACCUCCUCUACCACCUCCACUACCACCUCCACUACCACCUCCACUACCACUACCACCUCCACUACCAUCUCCACUACCACUACCACCUCUACUACCAUUACCACUACCACCUCCACUACCACCUCCACUACCACCUCCACUACCACUACCACCUCCACUACCACCUCUACUACCACCACAACUACCACUACCACCUCCACUACCACCUCCACUACCACUACCACCUCCACUACCAUCUCUACUACCACUACCACCUCCACUACCACCUCUACUACCACCUCCACUACCACCUCCACUACCACCUCUACUACCAUCUCCACUACCACCACCACUACCACCUCCACUACCACCUCUACUACCACCUCCACUACCACCACCACUACCACCUCCACUACCACCUCUACUACCACCUCCACUACCACCUCCACUACCACCUCCACUACCACCUCUACUACCAUCUCCACUACCACUACCUCCUCCACUACCACUACCACUACCUCCUCCACUACCACUACCACCACCACUACCACCUCCACUACCACCACCACUACCACCUCCACUACCACCUCCACUACCACCUCCACCACUACCACCUCUACUACCACCUCCACUACCACCUCCACUACCACCUCCACUACCACCUCUACUACCAUCUCCACUACCACUACCUCCUCCACUACCACUACCACUACCUCCUCCACUACCACUACCACCACCACUACCACCUCCACUACCACCUCUACUACCAUCUCCACUACCACUACCUCCUCCACUACCACUACCACUACCUCCUCCACUACCACUACCACCACCACUACCACCUCCACUACCACCUCUACUACCAUCUCCACUACCACUACCUCCUCCACUACCACUACCACUACCUCCUCCACUACCACUACCACUACCACUACCACUACCACCUCCACUACCACCACCACUACCACCUCCACUACCACCUCUACUACCACCUCCACUACCACUACCAUCUCCACUACCACUACCAUCUCCACUACCACCUCCACUACCACUACCAUCUCCACUACCACUACCACCUCCACUACCACCUCCACUACCACCUCCACUACCACUACCACUACCAUCUCCACUACCACCACCACUACCACCUCCACUACCACCUCCACUACCACCUCCACUACCACUACCACCUCCACUACCACCUCCACUACCACCUCCACUACUACCACCUCCACUACCACCUCUACUACCACCUCUACUACCACCUCCACUACCACUACCACCUCCACUACCACCUCCACUACCUCUACCACCUCCACUACCACUACCACCUCCACUACCAACUCCACUACCACUACCAUCUCCACUACCACCUCCACUACUACCACCUCCACUACCAGUACCACUACCAUCUCCACUACUACCACCUCCACUACCACCUCCACUACCACUACCACCUCCAGUACCACCUCCACUACCACCUCCACUACCACCUCCACUACCACUACCACCUCCACUACCACCUCCACUACCACUACCACCUCCACUACCACCUCCGCUACCACUACCACCUCCACUACCACCUCCACUACCACUACCACCUCCACUACCACCUCCACUACCACUACCACCUCCACUACCACCUCCACUACCACUACCACCUCCACUAUCAGCUCCACUACCACUACCAUCUCCACUACCACCUCUACUACCAACUCCACUACCACUACCACCUCCACUACCACCUCCACUACCACUACCACCUCCACUACCACCUCCACUACCACCUCCACUACCAGCUCCACUACCACCACCACUACUACCACUACCACCUCCACUACCACUACCACCUCUACUACCACCUCCACUACCACUACCACUACCACUACCACUACCACUACCACCACUACCACUACCACCUCCACUACCACUUCCACUACCAUCUCCACUACCACCACCACUACUACAACUACCACCUCCACUACCACUACCACUACCACUACCACUACCACUACCACUACCACCUCCACUACCACUACCACCUCCACUACCACUACCACUACCACCUCCACUACUACUACCUCCACUACCACCUCCACUACCACUACCUCCUCCACUACCACUACCACCACUACCACCUACUCUACCACCUCCACCUCCACUACCACUACCACCUCCACUACCACCUCCACUACUACCUCCACUACCACCUCCACUACCACCUCCACUACCAGCUCCACUACCACCUCCACUACCACCUCCACUACCACCUCCACUACCACCACUACCACUACCACCUCCACUACCACCUCCACU